GAGGCCACCACCACCACCACCACCACCACCACAACACCACACACCGCACACCGGAAGAAAAUAGGAGAGAGAACAGACCGUAGCAGGAGCAGGAACUCCAGGUGCUGGAGCAGAAGGUGGUGCUGCCUCGAAACCGAAGGAUAAAUAGCAGCAGAGGAUCAGGAUCAGAGGGCGGGAGUCGUUGGAGGAUCAGAGGGCAACAUGUCUUCGCCGGCGGCGCAGAGCAACAGCACCAGCCAAUCCCAGUCGCAAUCGCAGUCCGGAGUCCAGCAGCAGCAGCAGCAGAAUCAAAAGGCCAACUCCAACAACACGACACACGACAACAAGAAUGCCGCCGGAACGACGGGGACGGCGGCAGCGGGCUCGGGUUCCGGCUCCGGCUCGGGCACCGGAUCAGGCGGAGCGACAGCAUCCGGUAUUGGUGCCGGUGGCUCGGGCACAUCCUCGAGCGGACCACAGAGCCCGACCAAACGGAGCACAAUAUCGACAAAGGAGCGUGUGAUCGACAGUGUGCCAUUCCCGCCAGGCCGCAAACUGACCUGCGCGGACGUGUUCGAUGCCCGGACCGGUAAGCCGCACCACGACGUCCUCAAGCAGCACUUCAUCCUGGAGGGCAGGAUCGAGGAGAGCGCCGCCCUGCGCAUCAUCCAGGAGGGCGCCACCCUGCUGCGCCAGGAGAAGACCAUGAUCGACAUUGAGGCGCCGGUGACGGUGUGCGGCGACAUCCACGGCCAGUUCUACGACCUGAUGAAGCUCUUCGAGAUCGGCGGCUCGCCGGCAACCACCAAGUAUCUCUUCCUCGGCGACUACGUGGACCGGGGAUACUUCAGCAUCGAGUGCGUGCUGUAUCUGUGGUCGCUGAAGAUCAGCUAUCCGCAGACGCUGUUCCUGCUGCGCGGCAACCACGAGUGCCGGCACCUGACCGAGUACUUCACCUUCAAGCAGGAGUGCAAGAUCAAGUACUCGGAGCGGGUGUACGACGCGUGCAUGGACGCGUUCGACUGCCUGCCGCUGGCGGCGCUGAUGAACCAGCAGUUCCUCUGCGUGCACGGCGGCCUCUCGCCGGAGAUCCACGAGCUGGAGGACAUCAGGCGGCUGGACAGGUUCAAGGAGCCGCCGGCCUUCGGGCCCAUGUGCGACCUGCUGUGGUCCGAUCCCCUGGAGGACUUUGGCAACGAGAAGAACUCGGACUUCUACACGCACAACUCGGUGCGCGGGUGCUCGUACUUCUACAGCUACGCCGCCUGCUGCGACUUCCUGCAGAACAACAACCUGCUGUCGAUCAUCCGGGCGCACGAGGCGCAGGACGCCGGCUACCGCAUGUACCGCAAGAGCCAGACCACCGGCUUCCCCUCGCUGAUCACCAUCUUCUCGGCGCCCAACUAUCUCGACGUGUACAACAACAAGGCGGCGGUGCUCAAGUACGAGAACAACGUGAUGAACAUCCGGCAGUUCAACUGCUCGCCCCACCCCUACUGGCUGCCCAACUUCAUGGACGUGUUCACCUGGUCGCUGCCGUUCGUCGGCGAGAAGGUCACCGAGAUGCUGGUCAACGUGCUGAACAUCUGCUCCGACGACGAGCUCAUGACCGAGGAGAGCGAGGAGCCGCUGUCCGACGACGAGGCGGCGCUGCGCAAGGAGGUCAUCCGCAACAAGAUCCGGGCCAUCGGCAAGAUGGCGCGCGUCUUCUCGGUGCUCCGCGAGGAGUCCGAGUCGGUCCUGCAGCUGAAGGGCCUGACGCCGACGGGCGCCCUGCCCUUGGGCGCCCUCUCCGGCGGCAAGCAGUCGCUCAAGAACGCGAUGCAGGGCUUCUCGCCCAACCACAAGAUCACCUCCUUCGCGGAGGCCAAGGGCCUGGACGCGGUCAACGAGCGGAUGCCACCACGGCGGGAUGCCACGCCCUCGCCGGCGGAGGAGGGCCAGAAGUCACUGUCAGCGGCGGCAGCAGCAGCGGCCAACGCAAAUGCGAAUGCAAUCAAUGGAUAAUUCUAAGUCAGGCGCGGAGGGGAUACAGAGCUGGAUGUGCAGCUGCAGGCUAAUCGGAGCAGUAGUUUGUAUCGGAGCAAGGAGUUGGAAUUGGAGGCGGAUGGCCGGAGGAUCUGGACGAUCCAGAGGAUCGGAGGAGCAGCAGCUAAGUCAGUCAGUAGUCGACGGUGGGAGGGAGACAC